CACACACACACACACACACACACACACACACACACACACACACUAAAAUAAAUUAAAAUGUAGACAUUUUUGAAAGAGCAGUUUCUGAAGGCAGGGAAUAGAGGAGAGGGGGAAGAGCCUGAAAUAGCCCGGACAGAGUUCAAAGUCUUCCCACUUUAAGCCUUGAGGAACAUUGUUUUCUAUGUUGAGGACAAGUAGGGACUGUAACCAAGGUAUGCAGGCUGGGAAAGGGGAGACUGGAGUAUGGAGGAGAUGGUGAAGGAGAACUCCGGUCAGGAUAGGAUCCCCUUGAAAGGUCAUUUGCCUGGGAGGGCAGGGUGACGACAGUGUGUGGGUAGUGGUUUGGCUUGGAAGGGAAGGAUGAUUACAUAGUUGGGGCAAACCAAACCAAAACACACACCAAAAAAAACCCAAAAACAAAACACCCAGUACACCAUAGGUAGGGGCCUUGGGUGCAAUCUUACACUACUGUGGACCAAGUCAAGAAAUGGACCCCCUCUCACCGUCCCCCCUCUGCUCCCCCCCUCCCGCCCCCACGCCAUAGAAGAAAACCCACCAGGAUGAAACCUGGAGGGGAAAUGGAUCAAUGUCUACCACUCACGAUGGGACAGAGCAGGAGGAAAAGCAGAUGCUAUGAGCCUGUAGAGAAGCUGCCUUGGAGAGCAGAGGAUGAUAAACAUGGAGUCAGGACCCUUGAUACAAGGUGGCUGCCAUUGAUGUGUUACAGGAUCCUGGGCACCAGCACAGAGCUUCUCAGCAUCAGACAGGGACCAGUCUGGUGACACAGACCGCAGCUAUGAACUACCCACUAACCCUGGACAUGGAUCUCAUCACCUAUAACCUGGACGACCUGUACAAGGAAUUUGCCAUCUACAAUAACAGCACCGAGAUCCCCCUACAGGAAAGCCGCUUCUGCUCCACAGUGGAGGGACCCCUGCUGACCUCCUUCAAGGCGAUCUUCAUGCCUGUGGCCUAUAGCCUCAUCUUCCUCCUGGGGAUGAUGGGGAACAUCCUCGUGCUUGUCAUCCUGGAGCGGCACCGGCAGACUCGAAGCUCGACAGAGACCUUCCUCUUCCACCUGGCGCUGGCCGACCUUCUCCUCGUCUUUAUCCUGCCUUUCGCAGUGGCCGAGGGCUCCGUGGGCUGGGUGCUGGGGACCUUCCUCUGCAAAAUUGUGAUCGCCCUGCACAAGAUCAAUUUCUACUGCAGCAGCCUGCUGCUGGCCUGCAUAGCUGUUGACCGUUACCUGGCCAUCGUCCAUGCUGUCCAUGCCUACCGCCGCCGCCGCCUCCUCUCCAUCCACAUCACCUGCGCGACCAUUUGGCUGGCUGGCUUCCUGUUUGCCUUGCCAGAAGUCCUCUUUGCCAAGGUUGGCCAACCUCAUAACAAUGACUCCCUGCCACAGUGCAGCUUCUCUCAAGAGAACGAAGCUGAAACCAGAGCCUGGUUCACCUCCCGUUUCCUCUACCAUAUUGGGGGCUUCCUGCUACCAAUGCUGGUGAUGAGCUGGUGUUAUGUGGGAGUGGUCCACAGGCUAUGCCAGGCCCAGAGGCGUCCUCAGCGACAGAAAGCAGUCAGGGUGGCCAUCUUAGUGACAAGUAUUUUCUUCCUUUGCUGGUCACCCUACCACGUUGUCAUUUUCCUAGACACGCUGGAAAGGCUGAAGGCCGUGGACAGUAGCUGCGAACUGAACGGCUAUCUCUCUGUGGCCAUCACCGUGUGUGAGUUCCUGGGCCUGGCUCACUGCUGUCUCAAUCCCAUGCUCUACACCUUCGCUGGCGUGAAGUUCCGCAGUGACCUGUCUCGGCUUCUGACGAAGCUGGGCUGUGCUGGCCCAGCCUCCCUUUGCCAGCUUUUCCCCAGCUGGCGCAAGAGCAGUCUUUCUGAGUCAGAGAAUGCCACCUCUCUUACCACCUUCUAGUUCCCAGAACCUCCACACACUGCUUUCUGUCUCUCUUUUCCUUGGGAGCCUGGAGUGAAAGGGCUAGAAGUCAUUUCAACAACAACUGGGGUUCUGAGAGCUUAUUUGGGCCAGUGUCCCUAUAUGGGCAGCCAGAUGAACUCUUUCUAGAAUAUCCCUAAACUUUUCUGCCAGCCCUCAGGCUAAACUAGAGCCCAGGGAGGGGAAAGCAGCCCAAAGACAAAGCAAGAGAUAUCUAGAGAGCCCGCAUCACCUGGGGCUAAGAGGACUGCACACACUUCCUAUCCUAACCAGCCAAAGCUAAGAAGCAGCUUACUUCUCCCCUGGCCUUAGGGAGAACCACUCUCCCGGUGGUUUCGGCUUUGUCUUCCUCUGGUUAUGGACCCCAGAGUCUCCUCCCAGAAUUCACUCUGUCAUCUUAAAGGCUGCUGACCACCACAGCUCCCCAGCACUCCCAUACCACCGAGGAACAGCCAGCUGGCAGCAGAGUAUGGCCUUAACAUGCUCGUCCCCUAAAUACAGACUUUGUGCCAGAUCUUCAACGCUGCUGUUCUCUUCAUCAAGCAGGAAGCUGAGGCUGAUCUACUUUAGGUAGCUGUCUAGCUCCAACCAAACCAGCACUGGGACGGCCCCAGGUUACUGGAUCUUGGACUACAGACCAAGGACAGGCUCCAGGAGGCCCUGGAGGCCGGCCAGUGUCCUCAGAAGAGUAGAAGGGAAGCCAGCAGGAAAGCAGCCCAGUGGAGAAAUGGAAAGACACGUUCUCUCCAGGCCCCAAAGUGGGGCAAGUAAAAUUCAAACCCCGCAGUCUUCUCUGCCCAAGGACCAAAGCUUCUGGACUGGCAGGGAGAUAAGAUCCAGGGCCCGGCUGGAGAGAUGGCUCGGAAGUUAGGAGCACUGGCUGUUCUUCCAGAGGACCUGAGUUCAAUUCCCAGCAAC